ACCGUCAGUGUCGUCUUUCACUUAUAAUUUGGUUGAAUUUGGAGCAAAACAUUUAAAAAAUUUUAGCCUAUUUUUAGUUUUUCCCACGUUUUAAAUUUACAUUAUAACUAUUUUGGUGUGGCAUUCGAUAAGUGUCUCCAGUGAUUUAGUUGGAAAAAUAAAUCGAAGGAAAAAUGGGUCGUAAAUCACACUCAAAACAAACCAAUAAGAAGAAUCCAGGAAAGGAUAACAGAAAUAAUAUAAUUCGCAAGGAGCUUGCGAUUUUAGUGGAUAAAUUAUUAAAAUUAACUAGCGUUUUCCAAGCCGCAUCCAAUGCAUCUAAAAGUUGGGAUCAUCAUUUAGAAAUCAAUGCAAUUCUCAAAGAAAUAGUAAACCUCGAAACCCCAUUUAAUAGCAAAGCGAAAAGUGGCCCACGUCAAAAGAAUAUUGACAAUUAUAUGAAAUGGCUAAAGGAAAAUGGAGCACAGUUUGAAGGAAUUGAAAUUGGCGAAUUUGGAGACUAUGAGAUGGGUUUGAAGGCAGUUAAUGAAUUCAAAGAAGGCUUGCUACUCCUCACCAUCCCUACAAAAGUCAUGAUGACGGAGCAGAAUGCCCGGGAGUCGGAACUAGCAGCAUUUAUAAAUGUGGACCCGUUGUUACAAAACAUGCCAAAUAUUACAUUAGCUCUGUUUCUUUUGUUGGAAAAAAAUAAAUCUGACUCCAGUUGGAAGCCCUACAUUGAUGUCUUGCCUGACAAAUAUUCAACUAUUCUGUAUUUUACCACAGACGAAUUAUUAGAGUUAAAGCCCUCUCCAGUUUUUGAGUCAUCAUUGAAACUGUAUAGAAGUAUCGCAAGACAAUAUGCAUACUUCUACAACAAAAUGCAUACACUGGACUUACCUGUCUUAGAAAACCUAAAGGAUAUCUUCACAUUCGAAAGCUACAGAUGGGCUGUGUCAACAGUGAUGACGAGACAGAACAACAUACAGCUAGCGAACAACGACAUCACGGCGUUCAUACCUCUCUGGGACAUGUGCAACCAUGAACACGGGAAGAUAACCACCGACUUCAACAAUGAGUUGAAUAGAGGCGAAUGUUACGCUCUGCGCGACUUCAAGCCGGGAGAACAAAUUUUCAUAUUCUAUGGCGCUCGAUCCAACGCAGACCUUUUCUUACACAACGGAUUCGUCUACCCCAACAAUCAGCACGACAGCCUAUCCUUACCUCUCGGAGUCAGCAGUAGUGAUCCAUUAAGGGAAACGAAGAUUUCCCUCCUCACCAAGCUUGGGCUAUCAGGAGUUACACACUACAGCAUUUACAAGGGAAACUGUCCAAUCAGCGCCGAACUACUAGCGUUCAUUAGGAUAUUCAAUAUGAAUCAAGAGGAGCUAUCAAAAUGGUCAAGUCAAGGUCUGCCAGGCGACCUCGUCUCGUCCGACAAGUCGUCUUCCGACGCGGUCGGGGCCGACAUCGACCGCCGCGCGUACACGUACCUACUGACCCGAUGCAAACUCAUCAAAGCCUCGUACAAGAAGACGGGGGGCGAACCUGAUAGUUUACAUAGGAAAAAUAUAAACCUUCUAAAGGAGUGCGAAGUACAAAUUCUAGACGGUGCCAUAAAAUUCUUGGAGCAAACUAUAUCACAACUGCCCACCGUAGGUUAGACGCAAUUAUACGAAUUUACUAAACUUAAAUACUAAUUUAUAUAUCUCUUUAAGUGAACAAAUCAUGUCAGUAUUGUGUUACUUCUUAUAAGGGUACUCAUGAAUCCUUUUUGAGAUUUUUAUUUUAUUUUGACGCAACGAAUGUCUCGGUAAUCUGAUUGUUGUUUUGUUUUAUACAAAUUUUUUUGUAUGUCUAGUUAAAUCGUGUGCAAUUUGUUUUACGUAAUAAAUGUUGUUUU